ACUCAUUUCGAAUGUUUGGCAUGCAGCACUGUUUGUGUGUGAGCAAAGUGUGUGUUUGUAUCGCUGUUUUGCCACACGCCAUCAGUGGUUUCCUUUUCACGAUUCUUUUGUUGAUUUUUCACGAAAAUUCAUAUUUCAUUUUUUUCACAUUUAAUCCAUCAAUCAAUCAUCAAUUAGAGAAUAAAGAUGGAAUCGAAUAAUGCAUUCCAAGAAGCACUAUUACGUGCUCGACAGUUGGCUGCAAAAAUAUCACAACCUGGUAUAGGUGGAUCUAUGGGUGGUGGUCAAAGCAUGGGCGGAAUGAAAAGGCCAAAUGAUGAUGAUUCUGAUUAUUCUCCUGAUGUCAAAAAAAUUGAUUUGGGAUCAAAAUUAUCGGCAAUGAAAAAUAAUACCCCGAUAAAACCAAUGAAAGAUCAACUUUAUUUGAAUGGUACAAUUUUUAAUGGUGAAAAAGUAUUGGAUUUUAUGAUACCGGGUAAUAAAGUUGGAUUCGUUAUUGGUAAAGGUGGUGAAAUGAUUCGAAAUCUUCAGGAAAGGGCUGGUGUUAAAAUGGUAAUAUAUCAGGAAACAAAUGAAGUAGGUGAUCGUGAUAAACAGCUAAGAAUUAGUGGCACACCGGAUAAAGUUGAUCAUGCUAAACAAUUGGUGAAUGAUUUAUUGGUUGAAAAAGAGCUUGAAUUAGCUAAUCGAACAUCAAAAAAUAAUAAUAAUAAUAAUAAUAUGGGCAACAAUAAUAAUAAUAAUAAUAAUAAACUUUUUCCAACACCAUUAAAUGAAUACGGAUCAGCAAGAAUUACCUAUUUUGAAUAUCCAGUUUCGCCACAAUUAAUUGGUUUGGUUAUUGGUAAAGGUGGUGAAACUAUACGAAAAAUUCAGGCUGAUUCUGGUUGUAAAGUACAAUUUGAUACUACUAAAGUUGAUGCACAAGGAAAUAAAAUCUGUCAAUUUACUGGAACACAAGAUGCAGUGAAUAGAGCAUUGGAUAUGGUUAAAGAAAUUAUUGAUACUGUUACUGGUGGUCAGGGUUCAAUCGAUGAGAUUAGAUUAGUGGUUCCAACAUCACGAACAGGUACAGUAAUUGGUCGUGGUGGUGAAACGAUUCGUCAAUUGAAACAACAAUCCGGUUGUAACAUCGAAUUGGAUAAAAAUUUUCAAUCAGAUAAUGAUGAAAAAUGUUUCAUUAUUCGUGGUACGGCCGAUAAGAUUACCUAUGCUCAACAAUUGGUUACCGAUAAAGUUGGUGGUCAUGCAACCGUUAUAUUGAAUACAUUGGCCAAUAAUCCAAUGUAUGCAGCGGCGGCAACAGCUGCAGCUGCUGCUACAAGUACUGAUGGACAGUAUGGUUAUCUAACUAAUCAGAUUUAUGCCAAUCAAAUUGGUCAAUCACAAUAUUAUUGGCCACAAACAUCAUCGGAUCCCAAAACUGUACAAGAUCAAUAUGCAAUGUGGGCCGCCUAUUACGCACAAUAUUAUUCACAAGCAAAUGGUGCAUCAACUGCGGCUGCAGCCGCAUCCACCGAUCCACAACAACAGCAGCAGCAACAAGCUGCUUGGGCGGCCAAUGCUUCUACUUCAACCGCUGCUGCUGCUGCUGGACAAGAUAAUGAAGCCGUUUAUCAACAAUGGAUCGAAUAUUAUAAAGCAUGCGGUAUGACCAAAGAAGCGGAAGCAAUUGAACAAAAACUUAAAGAAUUUAAAAAUGCAAAAUCAUUACAAAAAGAUGAUAAUAAUCAUUCGCAUAAUGGAAAAUCACCUAAAUAAGGUGAUUUAUAUAAUUAUAAUAUUAA